AGUUGAUGCAAGCAUAUUCUAAUCUAUGCAGACCCACUGUCAGCUGCUCUUCUCUGGGUGGCUGCUGGAAAGUUGUGUGUGUGCACAUGUGAACUUUCCAGUCUUAAUCUACAUUAUAAAACAUGUGCGUGUGUGUAGGCUUUCUGCAGAGCUCUGGAACAUAUGUGUCAUGAGCAGUGAAACCAGAAAAGCAGAUGUCCUGAACAUGCCCCUCCUACCCGGGGAUUAGAGACGAUCAGGGUAAAGCAGAGAGAAGCUGGGACACACCUCCCUGCCUCACCACCAGAGACAGCAGCAGUUCGUGCAGGUUCAAUGGGCUUCUGCUCUUUGGUCAAAUAAACCCCUGCAGCUCUAGCCAGCAACUAUCCCCUUCUUUUGGUUAACCAGGAAGGAGGAGGAUGGCCUAUGCUGAGGAAGACAGAAACAGCUAUGAGAUGUGUAAGGAAACAGCAGAUUGGUUGCAUGCCCGCACUGCCCACUGCCCAAAGACUGCCAUCAUCUGUGGAUCUGGACUGGGAGGCCUGGCUGAUGUGUUGGAUAACAAGACAGUCUUUCUGUAUGAGGACAUCCCUCACUUCCCACAGAGCACAGUUGCAGGGCAUCUUGGCAGAUUGGUGUUUGGGGAGCUGAAUGGACAGCCCUGUGUCUGUAUGCAGGGACGUUUCCACUGUUAUGAAGGAUACUCUGUCAGCAUGGUUACUUUUCCCAUCAGGGUCUUGUUUCUCCUCGGGGUGGAGAUCUUGAUUGUCACAAAUGCUGCUGGGGGACUGAAUCCCAACUUCCAAGUGGGGGAUAUCAUGUUCAUUAGAGAUCACAUCAGCAUGUUUGGCUUGGGAGGGCAGAAUCCACUGCGUGGGCCAAAUGAUGAGAGGUUUGGAGUGAGGUUUCCCUGCAUGUCAGAUGCUUACGAACAAGACCUGCUUGGCCUGGCAGUAGAGAGUGCUCAGGAGCUGGGCUUUGUGAGCUUCACCCGAGAAGGAGUGUACUGCCAGCUGGCUGGUCCCUCCUAUGAAACCAUUGCUGAGUGCCGUGUGCUGCAGGCCUUGGGAGCAGAUGCUGUAGGCAUGAGCACAAUCCCAGAAGUAAUUGUAGCCAGGCACUGCGGCCUCCGUGUUCUUGGGAUCUCCCUCAUCACAAACAAGGUGGUGAUGAGCUACAACAGUCAAGAGAAAGCCAACCAUGAGGAAGUGCUGCGCAUCUCGGUGGUCCGGGCUGAAGCCUUGAAGAAACUGGUCACGCACCUCCUUGGCAAACUGGGGGAAAGCACAAACCCUUUGUGACCUCCACCCUUUUGUUGCUUGUAUCCUAAUGUGUGAACACUAACAAAUGGUGUUGGUGAGAUUGUUGUCUGAUGUUGAAUAGACCUGCUGAUUUUUGUACCUGUGCUUUAGCUGUUCAGGUGCAGAGGCUUGCUUUGCAUUUUGCCAGACUGAUCCCCUUGUUAGUAGCCAGUGACCAAAAUGGCUUUCUGGGA